AUGGUGGAGCAGUACCUUAUACCGAAACGGAACACUCGCCCAGAUGCUAUACCAAUAAAAGCCAAGUUGGCCAUCGUUUUAGAAUUUCUUGCCUCUGGAGACCUGCAACGCCACAUUGGAUCAACUUAUCGGAUAAGUAAGCAACAUUUUGGAGUGAUUCUCCUCCAGGUGUCUAUUGCCAUUUGGACUGCUUUGCGAGAUGAAUUCCCCAAGUGGACGACGGGGAAUAUGCUGAUGUGGGUUAAAGGCUUCGAAGACGAAUGGAACUUUCCUAAUUGUAUUGGAGCAGUCGACGGAAAGCAUGGCUUUCAUUCGAUUGUGCUUAUGUCAAUCUGCAACGCUCACUAUCGCUUCAUCUACAUUGAUGUGGGGCUUUUGGUAGCGAAGGAGACAUGA